GCUGUCCUUAUUUCAGACGAAAUUUAACCGUACCUGUAGCUGUUUAUCAAUCAACGUGAAUUGAGCGUGCGCUUCUGUUAAAAUUAAACAAAUAACUAACGAAAUUAAUUCAUCAUGAGUAGAUUCUUUGCUACGGGUUCUGAAUCGGAAAGUGAAUCGUCAUCAUCAGAAGAGGAACCUAUUCCCCAAAAGGCACAAGGCAUUACAGGUGCUUUUACAUUCAGUGAUGAAGAAGAAGAAACUAAGCGUGUUGUGCGAAGUGCACGAGAAAAGAGAUAUGAAGAACUCAUUGAAAUAAUUAAGCUGAUAAAGAAUCAUAAAAAGAUAAAGGAUAUGAGUAAACUUUGGACUAGUUUUGAAAAUUUAACUAGGGCUUUUACAAAAGCAAGGCCUGUUAUUGAGAAAGAAGAAAAUGGCAACAUUCCAAAAUUUUACAUUAGAUGUCUUGUAGAACUAGAAGAUUUUAUUACAGAUUGUUGGGAAGACAAGGAAGGAAGGAAAAAUAUGUCAAAAAAUAACUCAAAGUUUCUGGCUACACUUCGUCAGAAACUGCGGAAAUAUAACAAAGACUUUGAGACUGAAAUUGCAAAUUAUAGGAAAAAUCCAGAUGCCGAGGAUGAGGAGAGGGAAGAUGAAGAAGAACAAGAAUCUGAUGAUGAUGAAGAGAAAACAGUAGAUUUUUUUAAGAAACCCCAGAAAGCUGAGAAGGAAGAACCAAAAUCAAAGCUUUUGAAAGGAUCUGAUGAUGAGGAAUCAGAUGACGAUUCUAUAGACUGGGGUUCAUCUUCAGAGGAGGAAAGUUCCUUAUCCACUGAUGAUGAAAAAUAUGGGGGAAAUCUGGCCACAAAAUUCUUAAAGAGACCUGGUGAAAAAGAUGAACAGAAAGAAAUCACCAAAAGAGAAAAAAAGAGGGAUAAAGAAAGACGUGAGAGGAAGAGAGAUGAUGACGAUGAAGGAUGGGAAGAAGUUAAAGGAGGUGCUCCCAUUAUCAUGGAGAAACCAAAGAUGUUUGCUAAAGAUGCUGAAAUUAAUCACCAAGUUGUGCUAAAAAAAUUCAAUGAGAUAUUAGCAGCAAGAGGAAAGAAAGGAACUGACCGUAGUGAACAAAUAGAUCUGUUAAUUGAACUACUGAAUGUUUGUGAAACCCAUAACUUGGGAUCUGGUAUAUUACUAAAAAUUAUGUUUGCCAUUAUAGCUGCCAUUUUUGACUACAAUCCAAAUAUUGCAACUUGUAUGAAAGGUGAUAUGUGGCAAAAAUGCUUAGACUACAUCAACAUGCUGCUUGAUAUACUUAUAGAAAAUCCAAACAUAGUUGUUGGUGAACACAUAGCUGAAGAAUCUGAGCAAUUAAUUACUCCACCAUAUAGAGUUAAAGGUUGUUGUUUAACAGUUGUUGAGAGGAUGGAUGAAGAAUUCACUAAAAUGUUGCAGGGUUGUGAUGCCCACUCACCAGAAUAUGUUGAAAGAUUAAAAGAUGAAACUGUUGUCUGUAAUAUUAUUGAAAGACUUCAGAAUUAUCUUGAAGGCAGAGGAACACCAUCUGAACUGUGCCGCAUCUACUUACGUCGCAUAGAACAUUUAUAUUACAAGUUCGAUACUAGAGUGUUCAAGAAAAAGGAAAAAAUGGGUUAUAGUACUGCUUUUAAUGGAACUGUUAAUGGAACAAUAAAUGGUAAUGUAUCAGCUGAAAAUGAAGGAAAGGAAGAAGAAGAAACUAGUGCUGACCUUAUCACAAAACUCUGUAAAUUUAUUUGUGCUAAAGAUACUACAGACAGAAUACGAACCCAAGCAACUCUAUUCCGUAUAUAUCACCUUGCACUUCAUGAUGAAUGGUUUCAUGCUAGAGAUCUGCUGCUAAUGUCUCAUCUCCAAAAUACAAUUGAACAUUCUGAUAUUACAACAAUGAUUAUUUAUAACAGAGCUCUUGUUCAGCUGGGGUUAUGUGCUUUUCGACAUGGUUUUAUAAAAGACGCUCAUGCUGCUCUUCUUGACAUUCAGAGUGGUGGUCGUGCUAAAGAAUUGCUGGCCCAGGGGCUGUUGCCUCAACGUCAGCACGAAAGGACUCCAGACCAAGAAAAAAUAGAGAAACGCAGACAAAUUCCAUUCCACAAGCAUAUUAACUUAGAACUGUUAGAAUGUGUUUAUUUGGUUUCAGCUAUGUUGCUUGAAAUCCCAUAUAUGGCUGCACAUGAGCUGGAAGGCAGACGAAGGAUGAUUAGUAAAUCUUUUCACCACCAGUUACGUAACAGUGAACGACAAGCUUUAGUAGGUCCACCAGAAAGUAUGCGGGAGCAUGUUGUUGCUGCAUCUAAAGCAAUGCGUGUUGGUAACUGGAAAGCUUGUAAAGAUUACAUUAUAAAUGAAAAGAUGAAUUCUAAGGUUUGGGAUUUAUUUCAUCAAGCAGAAAAGGUCAGGGAAAUGAUUUCUCAAAAAAUUCAAGAAGAAGCUCUUAGAACUUAUCUUUUUACAUACAGCAGUUAUUAUGACUCUCUUUCUGUUGCAAGGUUGUCUGAAAUGUUUGAGCUUGAUAAAGGAGUUGUUCACAGUAUUUUAUGCAAAAUGAUUAUAAAUGAAGAAUUAAUGGCAUCAUUAGAUGAGCCAACCCAAUCUGUUAUUUUGCAUCGUACAGAACCUUCGAGGAUUCAGGCUUUAUCUCUUCAGCUGGCUGAUAAAGUAUCGUCUCUAGUUGAACAAAAUGAAAGACUUAUGGACUUGAAGCAGGGAUCUUAUUUCAGUCGAAAUAUUGGUCAGCAAUCAGGAACAAGGGAUUCCACUUUCCAGAAAAGUAAUUAUGGUCAGCAGGAUAGGAAUUGGAAUCGAAGAACUAAUCAACGAAAUUAUUAGAGCAAUUGUAUUACAGAACAAAAUUUUCAAUCAGUAAAACAAUUCAUUGAACUGUGACUUUUUUAUUUUUGACUGUUUCAGCAGAACUAGGAUAAAUAAAAAUUGAAUUAUCAUUUUGAAAUAUGGUCCAAUGAAUGGAAUGGAAAAAAAAAAUGGUAUUCACUGUCUAAACAAGGAUUUUUUUUUUUUUUUUUUUUUUUUUUUUUGUAAAUUACUUUUACCUUGUCCAGUAUUCAGUUGUACAUUAAGUCUAUAUUUAAACUGAUGGGACUGUAAAAUAGUUAUUAUGGGGAAAUAAAUGUAAUAUCUAUAUAUUA